AUGUCCACCCCCAGUGCUAUUGAGUUCGUUUCUCAUCAGGAAGAUGACAAUCAGUCACAUUCCUGGAUGAAGCCAGAUGGUGGUAAAGAUGGGUUGUCAUCGAAUGAUUGGCUGCAGUACUUUCUGCUGAAAGACGAUGCAGACAAUCUGAGGAAGUAUCUUGGUGGCUUCAAGAACGGGAAGAAGGUCAAGGUCAGCAAGACCAGAGUAAUCAACAACUGCUGCCAGUAUUUUGAUAAGCAUGGUGUGAAGCACACCAGCUCUCAAAUAAAAAGCAAGCUGACGUAUUUAAUAACCAAGCAAUAUCCUAUUGCAUUCAAAGCCUGGGAAGACAGCACAAUGAGAAUUAGCAAAGAAGAAAUGUCUCAACAUGAAAAAGAUGAGCUUGAAGAUAUGAAUAUUAUGAGAAAAGUACUUGGUAAAAGUAAGGCAAAGUCACCUGCUGUAUGUAAUACAACAACACUCUUAGACUUAAACAAAGCCCAAGACAUGAGCAAGGGUGAAGACGGUGAAGACAGUGAAGACGGUGAAAACGAUAGAGGUGACGAAGCCAGUGAGAGCAGCAAAAGCUACAAAGACCAAGAAGAACAGGGAGCUGAUGUCAGCAAUGAGAUCAGUUCUCAGAGAGAGGCCAUUAUUGUGAAGAACACGGCAAAAAGAUCAGUCAAGAGCAUAGAGAAUAUCAGGCAUAGUAUAAAAGAGUUCAAUGAUGCCCGGAUAUUGCUCUUAGAAUCAAAGUACAAGGAAGAGCUCAAGAACCAGAAGGAGAAGCUGCAAAAAGAGCUUCAAUGCAAGCAGCAGGUAAAAGGAGUGAUCCUUAUGGCAAAAACAUUUGACUGGUCUGAGAAGAAGACUAAGAAUGAAUUAGAAGAGGUAUAUAACCAAUACCUCAAUUAA